AUGGAAUCUCAUUUCACGGAACGAACAGCUUUGACUCCCGUAAAAUCGGAUGGCAAGCCGCCUUGGAUUUUCACAGGGCGGGCAGCCAAUCAGUUGCACUCGAAACAGCCGUCGAACCACACUCUACAGCCAGGAAGUCAUAGCAUGUCACUAGAUGCGAAAAAGCUGAAUAGAAGCCAUAGUUCAAAGGGAAAGAAAAGUUCCAAUUCACUGCGCCGUGUGAAGAAUAGCAGUGAUGUAUUGAGGCAAAGAGCCUUAAAGCGGUCAAACACAAUCGACGUCACGCCAGAAAGUAUUGGAAAAGCAAUGCUUGGAGGAAGAGAAGCAAGAAACUUCACGGUUGGGAAUGUUGGUCACAACGGGAAAAUGUACUUGAGACCCACGAACCGAAACAAAAUGCAGGACCUGCCAUUCGUGAAAACCGCCACCGCACGCUCCAAACAAUACUUGUGUUCAGAGGCCCACCAGGACGAUGAGCCCAGAUUGGCUAGACAUAGUAUGUGGUCGAACUCCCAAUUGUCAGAGCUUAGACCCCACCUUGUCCGGGAGAACAGCAACAAAAGCACAUAUGAUACGUCAACGAUUUCGGACGACCAAGGGUCAACGCGGCAUUCUCUGGAUGAAAUUCCGACAUCUGAUUCUAAACAGACUCGCAAAGAACUGCGAGUUGUGAUUGAACGGCAUGAAUCGGACCGUCCUAAAUCUGGUGAACCUCCGUUUCCAGCCAUUGAAGUUCCAAUUCCCCACUUCCGCCUCGGAGGGUUUCGAUUUACGUCAGAAGGAAAUCCGACCUUACGCAGUUCCGCUUAUACCAGGACGUCUGUAUGUGGCAACAUUCGAUCAUCUUCAUUGACGGCAAAUGACUUUGAUAUGACGCUGAACCUCUCACAUUUAAACCAAGCCUUAGAGCCUUCUCAGCCAUUUCCGGAUGUGUCAUCAAAAUAUACCCGAUCUCGGGUUUUGUUUGAAAUACCCACAUCGCUACCAGCUCAGGCAUCUGUGUUUUACAAACUGAGAGAGCCAAUCGAACCUUCAAUUUUUAAUUUUCUUGUUGGCGUUAUGGAUGACCCGUCAGUUGUCCGCUAUGUUAAAGGUUCGAACGAAAUAUCCGCCGCAACUCCAGCUCGGAUAGUUGCACAAAUUUCAUCGGACUCAUUUAUGGACUACGAAUUGGUUUCUGACUUUUUCCUAACGUUCCGCACCUACCUCUCCCCAAGUAACCUGCUCUCCCUUUUGUUAGCAAGGCUUGAAUGGGCAAUUAAUAGACCAGAAGAUGACGGGAGGAUUAUCCGAAUUCGAACAUUUGCAGCACUAAGGCACUGGAUUCUUAAUUACUUUGUCGACGAUUUUGUUAUCAAUCGCGACCUUCGAGUUCAAUUUUGCCAAAAACUCAACCAAAUACAUGAGAAUGUGAAAAAUUGCAGCAACAACAGCGCAAGUGACCUGAAAAUCCUUCUUGAUUUAAAACGGUGCUGGAAUGGAAGAUGCGCUCUCUACUGGGACUUGCCAAAUUUCCCCAGUGACACCCACUCUGAUGAGAAAGUCCUUCCGGGAGGUGUUGCAGGAUCCAGAGAUGCUCGCCUAAGUUGCUUAAGCGGUAUCCCCUCCUCUUUGCGGGCCGUUGAAUCGCAAUCUGAAGAAGUUUCCUUACACAUUGCCGUUCCUCCACCCGGGACCAUUCAGCCCAAGGCGAAAGACAUCCGUUCUUCCCAGUCUCAUGUACGCAAUAUAUCGACAGCAUCCGGACAAGAUCUACCGCCAUCAGCAGAUAGUGUAAAAAGCAUUCAAGCAGUUUCAUGUUCACUUCCCUCCAAAGUCCCAAAAAGGGAAUCUGUCCACUCUACCCGUCCGAAGGGGCCAUAUCUCGUUUUGGUAACGACUUCACCACGAACUUCUCCUGCAUCUCCUGCUCCUUUGUCAUCGGCACCCAUGAUCCCUGUAUGGCGUCGACCGGCUCAUUCCCAUAAACGGAGUGGAAGUUUUUCAGAUUCGGUUCGGGAUGAUAGAGCACCCUUACCAGCACUAAACCUUGACACUCAGAGAAAGUCCCUCGUACAAGCGUUGCCUCAGACGGAAAAUAUCAUUCGAGGCAAUGCCUAUGCGCCAAUUGACCCAUCUGUGCCCACAAUCGCACCCCCGUCGCCGACGAUGGAAGCAGCGCACUUUGAUAUCUUGCAAACAGAGACGACAGGGAAGGGGGGGAAUUCUUCCAAGAACCCACCAGCUAUGAAAACCUUCAUUGGAAAUAUUCGUCGAGCUCUGCAAAAUAGGCAUAGUAGCAAUUCUUCAAGCAGCCCGCAGGCAACGAGCCCAAAUCCCAUGGCCCCAUUGAGGGGUAAAACCUCUGCACUUCCCCUCAACGUCGGGGUCGGAUCAGAUGCGUACAGGGAGAAACGGUCAGGUCCCGAUGCUAGAGUCACUCCACGGAUUGACAUUUUGUGUGACGAUGCCCUCCAGAGCUAUCGCCAUUUUACUAUGCAAGAAUCACGGAAGUUAGGACCUGUUGUACCUAAGGUUUCUGACAUUGAAUCAGAGAAAGUAACUCCGCAGCCGGUUGUGGACAGGCUAAACCCGGAAAAUAUCUAUAAAUUUGGGGUCUGGCCAGAGAGGAUACAUAGCCAGCUCUCAGCUGGGAGCAAGUCAAUUGUUAUAGUGGAUGAUACCCGCCCACCGAUCCCCAUGAUGUCUGGGGCUCUGCAAGCUAUCACUAAUUCCAAUGGUUCACGACAAUCCCAAGAAACGCCGUUACAACCUCCUGAAGAAGCCAUUGAUACUUUGGUGAGUGUCCCUGGACCGUCCUUGCAACAUUAUGCUUCGGAUCAUUCUAUAUCUACAACCCGAGAUUUCCGGUGCUCUGAAGAAUACGUUAGACCUUCUAUACCUCGCAGCGGGUCAAAAACUCCAGUAAGAGCUUCAUCGACUAAAAUUCGAAAGUAUGCUUCCUAUCACGGUGGGAUCAUACGACGUGGGGCAAAUUCAAGGGUUGGUUCAACAAGAGAAUCCGCAUCACGUUCUGUAUCUCCCCAUGAAGCUCCGGAGAAACCUCUUGCACGAAUGCUUCGCCGUCGUCCAGGUGGGGACCUUAGGAAAAUACAAAAUGUCCAUGAUUUAGAAGCUGGAACUAUUCAAUCUUUUGUCUCUACGACAUCAUAUACCGAAUCAAUGGGGGAAUCCGUCUUGUAUAUGAAUGGGGGUUAUGGCGAGGAAGUUUCAUCGAUUGAAAAACGCGAUCAUCCUGAGGAAGUUCUCCUUCCAACAAGUUACUCAUUUGUUGGAAAACGUCGUUCGCAACAAAUACGAGCGUCAUUUGAGGCUGCCGUUGCAGGGUUCUCCAAGAUUCCAGACGACGAAGAUGGAGGGAUUGAAUCGACUCUGCUAAAGCUGGAAGGGAAAUGGGAGAAGCCGUCGUCGGCCAUCCGUCAGGAUCAUCACCACAUUGGCGCCAAUUAUGUCGAUAACUGCAUAGAUAACCACAACCAGGAUCCCAAGGGAGAUUUUUAUCAAGAACGGCACACUGCAGAACCUGAUGCUGCGCUUGCGUCCCAGUUGGAUUCAAGAGAUCGAAGAUCGUCUGCAAUGACCGGACAAUAUGCUGAAUCGUUCAUGGGCUCCGAGGAUUCGUACUGCUCAAUCCCACUCCUUGAACGUGGUUUGAAUGACGACUCCAUGAAAAGCCCAAAUUUUAGGGAGUUGAUUCCAGUCUCACAGCCAUUGUCCGGCCCGUAUGAAAAUCAAGCAGUUGAAAAACCACAAUCUUCACAUCCAUCGAUCGAUAUGGUUGAAGAGACAGAGAGUAUGAAGCGAAUUCCCCAAGGUUCAACCAUUCCGAGACCACACACUGUGGAAGCAAAUGGCAAUGAUUGUGUCGACUGUGAUGAAGAUAAUGACAAUGGCUAUUGCUCAGAACUGUCUUCGGAGAUAUCAGUGAUUGAUAAAGAUGAAGUUGUCGACAGACAAUAUGGGAUAGGUGUGAUUAGUGGCAGAAAUAUGGAAUUCCCGAGCCUAGGGGUUCUUUCUCAUCCGUUGACACACCCUCCUUCUCCACCGAUGACCGUGCAACAUCCCGGAUCGACAUCUUCUUAUGCUGCUCCUCUAGAUCCCCUCUCUUUCCAAAGGCAACCGAUUACCCCAGACUUGUCACCCAACUGUAAAAAUCUGCCCAGUAUGAUGGCACCGCGAACAUUGGAUAUGCAACAUUUUUCGAACAAUGUUUUGUUUAGUUCACAGGCCCAGACGCCGUCGCAAGCGCGGAUACCAACCCAAGGAACUUCGACUAUGGCAUCACCGAACUCACAUCAUUUACCAUUUGUUCUAGGCUGUGAAUCCAUGAUUUUGGCCCAGCAGUUUACCCUUAUUGAAAAAGCCGCACUGAACGAAGUUGACUGGAAGGAUCUAGUUGAUAUGAAAUGGAGCCACUCAUCCCAGUCAACGCUAAAUUGGGCAGAUUAUCUCUCCCAGAGUGAUCGUAGGGGUAUCGAUCUGGUCGUCGCCCGGUUCAAUCUAAUGGUGAAAUGGGCGGUGUCGGAGGUUGUGCUGACAAGUAAUAUUGCCGAGAGAGCACAGACGAUCACCAAACUCAUCCAUGUAGCUGUCCACGCGCGGAGGUUACGGAAUUACUCGACCAUGUUGCAGAUUACGAUUGCCCUAUCUUCAGUUGACUGUACGCGGCUGACGAAGACAUGGGAGCUUGUGUCAGACGGCGAGAAGGGGUUGCUUAGGGAUAUGGAGUUGCUGAUCCAGCCGAUUCGCAAUUUCCAUAAGUUGCGGUUAGAGAUGGAAACUACUAACUUGCAGGACGGAUGUGUUCCGUUUAUCGGUCUCUACGUCCAAGACCUAACCUACAACUCCCAAAAGCCUGCCCAGAUAGCGAGCACGCGGGAUGGUGAGCCCCUCGUGAACUUUGAGCGGUAUCGCACUGCAGCGACGAUUGUGAAAAGCCUGCUUCGCCUCAUUGAUGCUAGUACGAAGUAUACUUUCGAGCCUGCCCAUGGUAUCAUCGAGCGCUGUCUUUGGAUAUCUGCGCUGUCUGAUGAGAAGAUCGUGGCUCUGAGCAAAAGCCUUGAGCAUUCUCAGUAG